AUGUCACAAUCUCAGCCUAAGCGGGUCGCGGUUAUAGGAGGCAGUUGCGCCGGUGUUACCUCCUUUUGGGCUUUGCAACAUUCAGUCCAUGAUGUCCAUCUCUUCGAGGCUUCUUCAGAAUUGGGAAGACGCAUCAAGACUGUGCCCUUUGAGGACGGCGAGACUCGAGUCAAUGUGAAUACAGAAUCCCCCUGCUUUAAUUCAGAGACAUCUCCCAAUCUCGUUUCGCUUCUACGGUCUCUUUGGAUAUCUACUUCCCCGAUCUCUCUCAGAUUUAGUGCGUCCGAUAGCCUCGAUACAUACCAAUGGGGAUACAGCAUCUUGGAAAACGUGCUCCUGCGUCCCUGGUGCCUCUGCAGCUUAGAGACCUAUCGGAUCCUGUUUGAUAUCAUCUGGCUUAAAUACUUGGUUCUGGGCGUACUGAUAGACAGAGAUUUGUUUAGCUCACAACACCGCUCACGACAUACUUCAGAUGCUUAUAAUUAUCUAUCGAAUGAAGGGUUCUCAUCCAGUUUCCGGGAUAGGUACCUGACUCCUCUGCUCUCAACACUAUGGGGUACAAACGCUGGUCGAUUUCUCCCACGUCUCUCGAUUAAAGAUUUAGUCCAGUUCCUGCAUGACCGUGAUCUGCUUUGCAUUCAAAAGUUCUCAAUUCCUUGGCGACGUAUGGAUGUAACUGCCAGUCAGUUUGUCCAACGCAUGGCAGGCAACUUUCCUGCUGAUAAGGUCCAUUUUGGGGCGAAGGUUCAACAAGUAAAGAGAACUGGGGAAGGGAAAUACGGUCUCUUUGCUUUAGACGGCGAGGAGAUGGACUUUGAUCAUGUCAUUUUCGCUGUUGACAGCGACGAAAUCCUCCGGCUGCUCCAGCCGACAAAGAACGCUGAAGAGAGGGAGAUCUUGCAAGAUAUACGGAUGACCAAUAACAUUGCUGUUUUGCAUUCCAAUCCUUCCUCAACAUCCAACGCUCCCUAUAACUAUAUUAUAUCCCCCGACCACAACCCUAACCACCUACCACCAAUGGCUUGUCUUACCUACAACAUAAACACACUUCAAAAUAUACCCACCAGUCUCGCUGGCCCCAUCUCCAUUACCAUAAAUCCCUUCAACCCUCCUCAUCCGACCCUUGUCCAGGCUGUCUGGGAAUUCGCCGAUACCGAAAUCAGCACUACGAGCCUUCACGCCUUCCGUCGUCUACCAUCUAUCCAGAACAAAAGUGGGUUAAGCUACUGCAGUACUUGGACAGGACGUGGUUUUCUUGAAGAUGCAGUUACGGGUGGUCUGAGGGUUGCUGUGGAGCAUUUAGGCGCAGAUGUGCCGUUUGAGGUUGAUUUGCGCGAAGGAAAGGGGUUGGGGGCUGGGUUGGCCAUGGGGUUUAGAGAUCAUUUGAUUCUUACUGUUUUGGGGCUGUUAAGAGUGUAUGUGAGGAUUUUCGAGUUGGCGUUGAUUCUUCUGGAACUCUUUUGGGUUUGGAUUACGAAAGAUUGA